AUGAACUACGUCUUGAAUGACUCUGGUAUCACGAUCAAAGGAUCAGGGCUGUCUCUGAAGAGCUACGGUGAUUACCACACGCAGAGUGGGAAUGUAGUCCUGCGCCAAUUAGCGAAUGUGGAAGGCAAGUUUUCGCGCCCGGUCUUGACUAAGAGCCCCGAUUUCCUGGGCAAGACACUUCUCAAAGCCUCGCUUUGGGAUAACAUAUCUCGUCCGAGUCAGGAGGUAUUUACGGCCAGGCGCCAGAGCUGGGAGCCUGCGAUUGAAAUGGCCAAGCAGGACUAG